AUGUUGACUACAGAAGCGCGAGAACUGCAUCUCGAGCGGACCAGCCAUCUGCGCGGGAUUAUAACUCUCUUCCCAGAUCCACUUCAACUGGUAACAUACCAGUAUCAAAGAGAGAUAACUCCUUGUCCAGUGUUCGCUCAAAGGCGAGCUCGCCAGCUCGCUCCUACUAUGAAAGCUCAACUCUUCGCUCAGAAUACAGAACUCAAGCUAACGGUGGAACCCCUGACUACAGGUAUUAUACUCGAGAAAAUUUUCGGAGUAACAUCAAUGCACGAGAAAACUGGACCCGGAAAGUUGACUGAUUUUGUACCAGAAGUGGAACGGAAUGCGAAGAGAGAAGAUGAGAAGAGAGAUUUUUCCUAUCGUCGUGCAUCAGACGAAGAACCGCGUUUGAUCCGUAAUUACGACUUGCCACCAGCC